CGGCUUGCUUGUUUGCCCGCCUGCGCCGUUCCUUCCCUGCCUCAGCCGAAGCCGGCGGCGGUGGGAGGACCCAGUUGGCCGGCUUUGCCCAGCUGUAGCGCCAGGCAGCACUGACCUGGAGAGAGAUUUCACAGGGUGAAAAGGCCUUUCUGUUCUGAAGAUCAAACAAGGAAAAGGAAAGAUGUGGACUUCAAUCGCUAAAUACUUGUUAAGAACCAAAGUCCACCAAGACUGUUCUCGAACUCUGCUGCAAGCACAAAACGGCAAGCACAGCCAUCAAAAACAUUUCUCCCUGAGCAGGAGGCCUUGGCAGCAUUCAAUGCAGACGGCUCAGGCCUUCAACACGAGUGCAGCCAUCCAUAAAGUGGAAGCUCUGGAGGCAAAUCAGUUUAUCUGUGUCCACUGGGAAGAUGGGAGCAAGAGCCUUUACCCUUCUGUGUGGCUGCGAGACAAUUGCCAGUGCCCCGAGUGCUUCCUGCACUCUGCUAAAGCACGCAAACUGCUUCUUGAAAAUCUGGAUGUCAAUGUUGGGGCCAAGAAUGUCACUUUGGCACAGAGGGAGAAAAAGGUAUGCAUUGUAUGGCCAGAUGACCACACCAGUGAAUUUGAGGCUGAAUGGUUGAAGAAGAGAUGUUUUUCUGAACAAGCAAGAGCAAAAAUGCGGGAAGAAUUAUUUCUAUCAGAACGUCAAUACUGGGGUUCUGAUCUUCAGCUGCCAACUCUGGCCUUUGAAGAGGUCUUGCACAGUGAUGAAAGUGCAUACAAGUGGCUGGUCACCCUUAAAAGGACAGGGAUCGUGCUCUUAACGGGAGCUGCCAGCAGACAGGGAGAGCUGCUUAAACUUGGGCAACGUAUUGGAUUCCUUCGCCUCACAUUUUAUGGGCCCACAUGGCAAGUUCAAGACAAAGCGGACGCGAACAAUGUGGCUUACACAACUGAGAAGCUGAGUUUUCAUACUGAUUACCCUGUUCUUCAGUUUCCACCUGGGAUUCAGUUACUCCAUUGUAUAAAACAGACUCCUACUGGGGGAGAAAGUGAAGUUGUGGAUGGAUUUCAUGUAGCAAACCAGCUUAAGGAACAAAACCCUCAAGCCUUCCAAAUCCUGACCUCCACCUACGUGGACUUCACAGAUAUUGGGGUUGAUUACUGCGAUUUCUCCAUGCAGUCCAAACAAAAAAUUAUAGAUGUGGAUGAGAAAGGUGAAGUGGUUCGUAUCAACUUCAACAAUGCAACCAGAGACACAGUAUUUGAUAUACCUGCUGAGAAAGUAAAGCCAUUUUAUGCUGCUCUCAAGGACUAUGUUGAUUUAUUAAACAGCAAAGAUAAUAAAUGCAUCUACAAAAUGAAACCAGGUGAAAUAGUAGUGUUUGACAACUGGCGUUUACUUCACGGUCGGCAGAGUUACGAAGCAGGAACAGAGAUAUCCCGUCACCUUGAAGGGGCUUAUGCAGACUGGGAUGUGGUGAUGUCAAGGCUCCGAAUUUUGCGAAAGAACGUUCUGAGCAGAAAGUAACCCUUGAAAGUUUCACUACUGGGGACUUGCAGCCUGAGCAGGUGUGGGGUAGCCUUCAACGGAUCCACUAGGUUUUCAGUGUUCUCAGGGAAUUCCUGGCUGUCUUAGCUCUUGCUCCCCUGUUAAAACAAGGUUGACAUGAGUGGUUAGCAUAACAUCAUGUAAACGGCCUUUCCUGCUGACAACAGCCUGGCCAAACUUCCUAUUUUUCCCAGAGAUUUACAGGCAAGGAAGCAACUAGGAAGACGGGGAAGAAGUGGUGAAGAAUUUGCAACAAGUAUUGGAGCCCAUCUGAAAGCUUAUGCUUUGCCAAUGAUGUUGCCAAAGAAACCAGAAUGGGCAGGGGGCUUUCUGGUAAUGGUGUCUACUUUGUGGAAUACCCUUCCCAUUUAAGUCCACAUAGUUAUAUCACUGCUGGUCUGUAAGCAAAGCUGUUUUGUUUCAGCAAGCUUUUGAAGGGUACAGUUCACUGUUUUCAUCUGGCUGUGUCUUUUAUACUUUUUAAAAUGUUUUAUUGAUUUGGGUGGGUUUUUAGAAAAAUAAACGUUGAUUUUUCUUGUGUUAA